GUGUGAUUAUGUAAUGACUGUUUGAAUGCCACUGAACUCUCUCCUUUCUUUCCAUCCAGAUUCACACAGAUGGGAGUCUUUGUCACAAACAGACGUCUGUAAUCAGAGUGACUCACACAGUCAACGCCUGCCGCUCCCUUGGCACAGGUGAAGUAAUCGUCCGCCCGCCUGCAGCUCCUCUGCUCAGUCACAACCCGCAGAGCAAACAGCAUGGACUCAUAACGCUGGGCUGAAGCUCUUUGACACAACUUCAACAACACAGAGGCCGAAACACCUGCCUGAUGGACCCUGAGGUUUAGUCAAAGGGGAUUUUUCAAUGCCACUGUGACAGAAACACGAAAGGAUCAUGCCGUCUCACCGCAGGGGAAGGAGUCUCUCCGACGCCCUGACCCUGGAGCGAUCAGAGGAGGGAGGGCUGUACGUUUCCAGCAUCAACCAAAAUGCCGCAGCCAAUCGAGGACUUAGAGAAGGGGAUGAACUCUUGGGGGCAACAAUUGAUUUUGAUCAACUUUCAAAAGAUGAAGUAUAUAAAGUACUGAGGCUGAUGGAGCCAUUUGAUGGCAAGAUGAAAGUCCUCACUAGGAACAACAAGAGCAAGAGCCUCGGAAACUUGGACCAGUGUGACAAGACUCCUGAGACGAUGCUGAAUGAUGCCUACAGCAAGCUCUACAAUGCCAAAAUCAAGAAGUUCAUGAAAGAUGAUUUGCCUGGUGCCUGGGAAGGCUCUGUGAACGAGGUUACUGCCAAGCCAACUGUACCAGGCUCAUCCAAGGUCAACCUAAAACACGACAUGAGGGGGUUGCCUCGCCUCGGAGUUGACUUUGGAUUUAUAAAACCCAAGACUUUGACCACAGAUAUUGAUGCAGAUUCACAAUCUGAUGAUGCCGAAGAACAAAUGAAAUAUGACAGCAAUCUGAACCUCCCACCACUGGGACUCGGCUUGAAUGGGACUGCUCUCAGUGGAGCUCAGGCGCCAAGACUGAAAGUCAAUGCUAGAAGUCCACAGUUUAAUGCUCCAGACUUCCAUCUGUCUGGAACAUUACCAGAGGGUCCAAAUGUCAACACCACAGCUGGUCUACAACUGCCAAACACUGACAGUCCAUCAGUUGACUUGACAAUGCCAAAUCUUGGACUGGAAAGCAAUGGAACUUUUAGAGCUCCAGAAAUGGGUAUGGACUUAACAGGUUCAGAUGUUAGUACACCUGACAUAGGGAUAAACCUUAAUGGGGGAAAUAUCAGUGGUCCAUCCUUUGACACUGACGUUCCCAAAGUGGCCAUUGAAGGAACAAACAAAGAGUUCAAAAUGCCAAAAUUCAAAGUGCCAGACAUGGGCCUCUCUGGACCUUCUUUUAGUGGUCCAGAAGGUGAGGUCAAGAUACCAGAUGUAGGAAUGCCAGAUGUUCCCUCAGGUAAACUUGGUCUCAAGUAUUCCAAGAGACUGAAAAAUCCAGAUCUAAAUGUGGACUAUCCUUCCAGUUAUGUAGAAUCACCCAAGCUCCAGCUGUCAGGAACAUCCCCUGACUUGGACCUAGAAAUGCCAGAUGUGGAUGUAUCACAACUUGACAUAAAUGGGCCGGACAUUAACAUGCCUUCAGGGAAAGUCAAAGUGCCAUUUAAGAAACCAAAGAUUGAUCUUAGAUAUCCAGAUUUAGAUGUGGAUGCCCCAUCUGGUAAAUUGACUAAGCCCAAAUUUGACGUUAAAACACCUGACCUUAGUCUCAAAUCACCAAAGAUAAAAGGUGGAAUUCAUGCACCUGAUAUAAAUUUACCCAAAGCUGACCUCAAAGGACCAAAGUUAGGCAUUGGCACUCCGUCUGUUGACACUAAACUUCCAUCUGGAAAAUACAAGGCUCCAAGGUUUAAAAUGCCCAAAUUUGAUUUACCAGACAUUGAAGUUCCAGACUUCAAUGGAGAUUUCAAAGGACCAGAUGUGCGGUUGGCAGCACCAGAUCUCAGAGCUGGAAUUGCAGACCCAAAUAUUGACAUAAAGGUACCCUCAGCUGACUUGGAUGUGUCUGCUCCCAAGUUUAAAGGCGGGAUUGGCCUCAAAGACCCAAAACUUGACCUUAAUACUCCUGAUAUGGAUAUUAAUAUGCCUUCUGGGAAAUUAGGCAUUGGUGCAGAUGCGCCCUCUGGUAAGCUUAAGUUGCCAAAAUUUAAGCUUUUUGGCACAUUGUCAAAGAAAAAGGAUUUGGAUGUCAAUGCAGGGUUGAAAACACCUGAACUUGCUCUGAAAUCCCCAAAGAUAAAAGGCAUGGAUGUAGAUUUGUCUAAGCCAGGGUUUGACAUGGAUGCACCUUCACUUGAUCUGACGCUGCCAAAAGGACCAAAUUUGGACAUGAACACAGACCUGAAAUCACCAGAUUUAAAUCUGAAAGCCCCGAAGAUAAAGGGUGGAAUUGAUGCCCCUGACUUGGACUUGCCAAACAUGGACCUUAAAGCUCCAAAGUUAGAUGUGAACACUCCAAAUAUCAACAUGGGUUCACCCAAAGCAAAAUUAAAGAUGCCCAAAAUAAAGAUGCCUAAAUUUAGUGGUCCAAGCCUAAAAGGACCUGAGAUUGAUGGCAAUUUUGAUGGCCCAGACAUGGAUAUUAAUGCACCCAAUUUCAAUCUGAAAGGUCCUAAAGCUGAUUUAGAAAUGCCAGACUUGGAUAUCAGUGGUCCAUCAGGAAAAUUCAAAAAGCCAAACUUUAACCUGCCUGAUUUUGGGCUUUCUGGUCCAAAGUUAGAUGGCCCUAACCUGGGGCUCAAAUCACCUGAUCUAAAUCUAUCUGGUCCCAAUCUCAGUGGUGGUUUAAAUGCACCAGACAUAAACAUGCCCAAAGUUGAUCUUAAAAGCCCCAAACUGGACCUCAAUGCCCCGAAGCUCAACUUAGACAUGCUGUCAGGUAAACUGAAAAUGCCAGAGCUUAAUGCUCCAGACUGGGAUGUUAAUGCUCCCUCAGGCAAAUUGAAAAUGCCCAAAUUAAACCUUUCCGGCACACUGCCAAAGGGACCAAAUUUGGACAUAAACACUGACUUCAAAUCACCAGAUUUAAAUCUGAAAGCUCCAAAGAUAAAGGGUGGAAUUGAUGCCCCUGACUUGGACUUGCCAAACAUGGACCUUAAAGCUCCAAAGUUAGAUGUGAACACUCCAGAUAUCAACAUUGGUUCACCCAAAACAAAUUUCAAGAUGCCCAAAAUGAAAAUGCCGAAAUUUAGUGGUCCAAGCCUAAAAGGACCUGAGAUUGAUGGCAAUUUUGAUGGCCCAGACAUGGAUAUUAAUGCACCCAAUUUCAAUCUGAAAGGUCCUAAAGCUGAUUUAGAAAUGCCAGACUUGGAUAUCAGUGGUCCAUCAGGAAAAUUCAAAAAGCCAAACAUAAAUCUUCCAGAUUUUGGGCUUUCUGGUCCAAAGUUAGAUGGCCCUAACCUGGGGCUCAAAUCACCUGAUCUAAAUCUAUCUGGUCCCAAUCUCAGUGGUGGUUUAAAUGCACCAGACAUAAACAUGCCCAAGGUUGAUCUUAAAAGCCCCAAACUGGACCUCAAUGCCCCAAAGCUCAACCUAGAUAUGCCAUCAGGUAAACUGAAAAUGCCAGAGCUUAAUGCUCCAGACUGGGAUGUUAAUGCUCCCUCAGGCAAAUUGAAAAUGCCCAAAUUAAACCUUUCUGGCACACUGCCAAAGGGACCAAAUUUGGACAUAAACACUGACUUCAGAUCACCAGAUUUAAAUCUGAAAGCUCCAAAGAUAAAGGGUGGAAUUGAUGCCCCUGACUUCGACUUGCCAAACAUGGACCUUAAAGCUCCAAAGUUAGAUGUGAACACUCCAGAUCUCAACAUUGGUUCACCCAAAACAAAAUUCAAAAUGCCCAAGCUUAAAAUGCCAAAAUUUAACUUCCCAGGCCUAAAAACACCUGAAUUUGAUGGAAACUUGGAUGGUCCAGAUGUUGAUGUAAAUGUACCCAAUGUCAAUCUGAAAGGUCCUAAAGCUGAUUUAGAAAUGCCAGACUUGGAUAUCAGUGGUCCAUCGGGAAAAUUCAAAAAGCCAAACUUUAACCUGCCUGAUUUUGGGCUUUCUGGUCCAAAGUUAGAUGGCCCCGACCUGGGCCUCAAAUCACCUGAUCUAGAUCUAUCUGGUCCCAAUCUCAGUGGUGGUUUAAAUGCACCAGACAUAAACAUGCCCAAGGUUCAUCUUAAAAGUCCCAAACUGGACCUCAAUGCCCCAGAGCUCAACUUAGACAUGCCAUCAGGUAAACUGAAAAUGCCAGAGCUUAAUGCUCCAGACUGGGAUGUUAAUGCUCCCUCAGGCAAAUUGAAAAUGCCCAAGUUAAACCUUUCCGGCACACUGCCAAAGGGACCAAAUUUGGACAUAAACACUGACUUCAAAUCACCAGAUUUAAAUCUGAAAGCCCCAAAGAUAAAGGGUGGAAUUGAUGCCCCUGACUUGGACUUGCCAAACAUGGACCUUAAAGCUCCAAAGUUAGAUGUGAACACUCCAGAUAUCAACAUUGGUUCACCCAAAACAAAAUUCAAAAUGCCCAAGCUUAAAAUGCCAAAAUUUAAUUUCCCAGGCCUAAAAACACCUGAAUUUGAUGGAAACUUGGAUGGUCCAGAUGUUGAUGUAAAUGCACCCAAUUUCAAUCUGAAAGGUCCUAAAGCUGAUUUAGAAAUGCCAGACUUGGGUAUCAGUGGUCCAUCAGGAAAAUUCAAAAAGCCAAACUUUAACCUGCCUGAUUUUGGGCUUUCUGGUCCAAAGUUAGAUGGCCCUAACCUGGGCCUCAAAUCACCUGAUCUAGAUCUAUCUGGUCCCAAUCUCAGUGGUGGUUUAAAUGCACCAGACAUAAACAUGCCCAAGGUUGAUCUUAAAAGCCCCAAACUGGACCUCAAUGCCCCAAAGCUCAACUUAGACAUGCCAUCAGGUAAACUAAAAAUGCCAGAGCUUAAUGCUCCAGACUGGGAUGUUAAUGCUCCCUCAGGCAAAUUGAAAAUGCCCAAAUUAAAUCUUUCCGGCACGCUGCCAAAGGGACCAAAUUUGGACAUAAACACUGACUUCAAAUCACCAGAUUUAAAUCUGAAAGCUCCAAAGAUAAAGAGUGGAAUUGAGGCCCCUGACUUGGACUUGCCAAACAUGGACCUUAAAGCUCCAAAGUUAGAUGUGAACACUCCAGAUAUCAACAUUGGUUCACCCAAAACAAAAUUCAAAAUGCCCAAACUGAAAAUGCCUAAAUUUAACUUCCCAGGCCUAAAAACACCUGAAAUUGAUGGAAACUUGGAUGGUCCAGAUGUUGACAUCAAUGCACCCAACGUCAACCUCAAAGGGCCCAAAACUGACUUUGAAAUACCAGAUGUUGAUUUUGGCAGCCCAACAGGAAAAUUUAAAUUUCCUGAUGUGGGCUUUUCUAGUCCAAAGUUAGAUGCCCCAAACUUUGACUUUAAGUCACCAGAUCUCAAUGCCAAAUUACCAAAAGGUCCAAAUCUGAACAUAAAUUCAGACCUAAAAGCUCCAGAUUUUAAUCUCAAAGCUCCAAAAUUGAAAGGUGGAAUCGAUGCCCCUAAAUUUGGAUUACCAAACAUGGAUCUUAAGGCACCCAAAUUAGAUAUGAACACUCCAGAUGUUAGCCUUGGUCUCCCUGAUGCAAAGUUCAAAAAGCCAGAAAUCAAGAUGCCAAAAGGCCCCAAUAUUGACAUAAAUGGGGACCUACAGGGGCCUGACCUGAAUAUCCCAAAUUUAGAUGUCAGUGGUCCCGAAGGUAAAUUCAAAAUGCCAAGUUUGAAUACACCAGACCUCAAUCUCUCUGGACCUAAGGCCAAAAUUCCAGACAUGAAUCUUUCAGGACCUAAACUGAAAGGCCCUGAUAUAAGUAUGCCAGACAUAGAUUUGCCUAAUGCCAGUUUCAAAGGUCCUAAGCUAGACCUCAAUGCGAAACGUCCUGACCUAGGAAUAGAUGGUAACAUAGGGCAACCUGAUAUGAGAUUUACUGCCCCUAAUGUCAAAGGAGGAAUAAGAGGUCCAGACAUUGGUAUGAAUAUUCCCUCAGGCAACAUCCAAGGUCCGGACGCUGAUCUUGAUUUGGCUGAGAGAAAAUUCAAACUCCCUUCUUUCAAGAUGCCUCAGUUUGGAAGCCCAGAUCUUAACGGGGUAGGGUCUGAUAUUGACUUUGGUGCAUCUCUGAAACCAACAAAUCUGGAUAUUUCUCCUCCAAAUGCAAAAGUGAACAUGAAACCAAUGCAGUUGGUGGGGGAUUUCACAGGUCCAAAUGUUAGUGUUCCAAACAUGCCGAACGCAGCGAUGCGAAGUCCACAGCUAAAUGUUAAUGCUCCAAACAUGCCGAACGCAGCGAUGCGAGGUCCACAGCUAAAUGUUAGGGCUCCAAACAUGCCAAAAGCAGCAAUGCGAAGUCCACAGCUAAAUGUAAAUGCUCCAAACAUGCCGAAUGCAGCGAUGCGACGUCCACAGCUAAAUGUUAAUGCUCCAAACAUGCCAAACGCAGCGAUGCGAGGUCCACAGCUAAAUGUUAAUGCUCCAAACAUACCGAACGCAGCGAUGCGAGGUCCACAGCUAAAUAUUAAUGCUCCAAACAUGCCAAACGCAGCGAUGCGAGGUCCACAGCUAAAUGUUAAUGCUCCAAACAUGCCGAACGCAGCGAUGCGAGGUCCACAGCUAAAUGUUAAUGCUCCAAACAUGCCAAACGCAUCGAUGCGAGGUCCACAGCUAAAUGUUAAUGCUCCAAACAUGCCGAACGCAUCGAUGCGAGGUCCACAGCUAAAUGUUAGGGCUCCAAACAUGCUGAAAGCAUCAAUGCAAAGUCCACAGCUAAAUGUAAAUGCUCCAAACAUGCCGAACGCAGCGAUGCGGAAGCCACAGCUCCAUCUCAAAUCUCCAGAUCUUAACAUUGAUGAUCCUUCACUACAUUUCAGAGGACCUUCGUAUAGGAAUCGCAGAUCAGAUAUCCCAGGGGUUAACAUGAGAAUGGCUGUCCUGGAUGUAGAUCGAGUUGAUUUCAGCCAUACAGAUCUCAACAUUGAUGAUUUCACAGGAAAGGAGCAUGUACUUAGAGCUAGAGGUUCCAAACCUAACCUCCAGGCACCACCUAACUAUGGACAGGUGAUCUCCCCAUCAGGUGUUAAUAUUGGCAUGAGGGACCCAAGACACUCUAGAAGAAGUCCUCCUGGUGAUAUGUAUUCAAGGCAGCACGGAACAAUGCAGCCGGUAACUUACGCACGUUUGCCACAUGUUUCUCAAGAUCCCAGAGUAAGAGUCCCUGGAGGUUCGGAUGGAUACUACAUCACUGUUUUUGACAAACAAGCACAAAAUCAGAGAAUGCCAAACCGCAAAUAUAACACACUUGGGGGGCCUGGCUUUCAUCCACAAGACAUAGACCUUGAAGUUCCAGAAAAAAAUUACCAGAAAGGGGGUUCAACUUUCUUUUUCUCCGACCUCAUGUAGGUUUUAAACCACUGAUGUUUCCAAAAGCGGCACCAAAUGUUUCGUUCAGUGUGCUUUUUAUGUUGGGUUUAUUUAUUGUGAAUUACAGUGUUGUAUGUUUAAUGUAUUUUAUGCAUUUUUAAAAAGUCUCACGUUCUGCCACAUUUAAGUUUUUGUUAUUUUAUGUAUAAAGCCAAUCUCGUUGCCUACAUUAUAAGGGAGCAUUCUUGCACUUUUUUAUAUAUAAAUUUAGUUUUGUAACUUGUACUACGUUUGUACUAUACAAUAUACAAUAUUUUUUUCUGUGUACAUUUAAGUUAAGGCACCCAAAAUCUCCAAAAAACCCCAGUUUUCUCUGAUGUUGAAACACAAAGAGGUCAUUUUUGUAUUUAAGGGCACUAUUAUAAGAUCAAAGGAUGUAAGUUUUUUUGUUACAUAUCAACUGAAUGUUAAAAUAUCCAACGUUGUGCAUAUGUUUAUAUUAUACUGCAUGUCUAUACUUUUUAAACACCCACUUUAUUUAAUAUUCAUUAGGGAUGUAUAUAGUUGAGUUUAUAUAAUUUUUAUAACUACUUUGCCUUAACUGAGUUCUUGCCUCAACAUAUUUGAGCAAUAAUAUAAGAGAUGAUGAAAUGAUUUAAGAUGAGUAUAUAUUCUAAACUGUAAAAACUGCCUUACGCCAUUUUUUCAAGUGACCAUGGAGCUAUUUAAAUGUGUCAAAAUUGCCAGACCAUAUGUAAAAUUGUUGAAUUGUAUGACAAAAUAAACACAAAUAUAU